CCAUAUUGAUUUCAAUGAUUUGCCUUGAUCUGGCCUCUUAAGGAAUGCACAUGUCUCACUUUCCUCAGACAUCCAACAACCAUGCUUCAGUGCUCCCAUAGCGGUGUUAGGAGGUUUUCGGCUCCUUUAUGAAGUGCUAGGUUAUUGCUAGAACGAGUUUGACCCUUCGGCUUCUCUAUCCCAUCGAAACCCAAGAUCACAUAGUUGAACGCCAUGGACUUCCUCCCCGAAUCCAUCAGAUCUCUGAUCCAAGAGAAUCCUACAAUCCAACAACUCACCUCAUCCUCAAUCACGUUUCACGUCAAUAACGCCCGCACCACAUACCUCGAUCCCUACAUUUCGCACGUGAAAGCAACAUAUCUGGACCCGUACAUCAUUCAGCCACUUGCUACCAUGCUUGCAUCUUCAACGCCCGACCUUGUCUCGGUCCUUAUCCUUGCUCUCAUUCUCAUCAUCUCUCUCAAGGUCUUGGACUAUGCACGACGUGUCGUCAUGUUCUGGGUAAUGUUGGUGCUGCGGUUGAUCUGGUGGGGUUUCAUUCUCGGCGCUAUCUUGUACGUCUACAAUGCUGGAUUUGGGAAGACCGUUCGGGAUUUAGUGUGGUUCUACGGUUUUGCAAAGGGAUUCGUCGAGAAAUUCCAGGAUGGGUUUGAGGGCGGUCGGAGAUCGUCGUCAGUUACUGGAGGCUGACGUCGGGAUUUCCAGGUCAAUAUGGGGAGGGACUGAGUUCUGGCCGCUUCCGCGGGCUCUUUACGAAUUACGUGUGAUUGAUCUUUACUGCGGGUGUAUUUGGGUACAUUCUGCGAGUGCCGAUUUCGGGAGUUGGCGAUGAUCAUCACUGCUUCUAGUCUUGGUUGCUGUGCUUUUGACUCGUUGCAUUUUUACCAAGUUAGGAUGAUGGUGAUGUAUACAUUAUUGUUAGUAUUAUUUGCGAUAUUGUUUGCUUUCAUGAUGGACGUUUUUUUGCGUCGUUUAAAUA